AUGGGCUUUACGCCGUGUGCUAGCGAACCAUGCGUUUAUAUAAAAAACAAACAACGCAAAUACAACAUCAUAGCAGUUUACGUUGAUGAUCUUCUGCUAGCCUCUUCCAACUUGAGAGAUCUGAACGAUAUCGAGACUAAAAUCUCAAAAGAGUUCGAUAUUGUAGAUGGUGGACCAGCGAAAUACUUUCUCGGGAUGGAAAUUGAGCGCGAUGGCGAUGCGGGCAAAGCUGUAUCAAAACCACUAGAAGUUGGAUUUCAAACAAGCUGCGACAAAGAUGAAUGCGCUAAGGUGAAUACAACUGAGUACCAAUCGCUGAUCGGCGCACUCGUGUACCUUGCAAUAUCCACCCGCCCAGAUAUUAUACACUCAGUAUCUAAACUGGCGCAACGCAAUACUGACCCACAUAUAGAACAUAAAACUGCCGCAAAGCAUAUCUUGCGUUAUUUGAAAGGGACAGCUGAGUUCAAACUGCAUUACAACAA